GAAAAGAAAAAAAAGAGUCGUUUGUCGUAUUGUAAAAUAUGCGAUCUUGCAGAAGAGGAAGGGAGACCUUCCAAAAGUCAAAAGUGAGAGUGGAGUCAAAAAAUCUGGCAGUUGAGGAAAUUCGUUCAUAGUGAUUAGACAUCGUUGAAAACAGUUUUGCAUUUAUUAAGUUUUGAUUCAGAAGAAGGCAUUUACAUAGUUUUAGGCACAUAAAUAAAAAACAGAUUAAAGAUGAACAGAUUCUUGUGCCUUUUCGCGAUAGUUGUGGCAGUCACAAAUGCCCAAAACUACAAAUGCCCGAAUGACAAAUAUGGACAAUAUGAGGAUGAUGUACAAUGUGACAAAUAUUACGAGUGUCGAGAUGGUAUUGCAAAAGAACGUCUCUGUCCCGAUGGUCUUGUAUUCGAUCCAAGCAUCAGAAAAGUGAACAAAUGUGAUCAACCUUUCAAUGUUGAUUGUGGAGAUCGUACAGAAUUACAGGCACCAAAAGGUAAAAAUGAUUUCUGCCCAAGAAAGAACGGCUUCUUUGCCCAUCCUGAUCCAUCAAUUUGUGAAGUUUUCUACACAUGCAUCGAUGGUGAAUAUAUCGAGAACAAAUGUACUGGUGGACUUCACUUCGACGAAUACACCGGAACUUGUGUGUGGCCUGAAUCUGCAAACCGUGAAGGUUGUGUGGAGGGAAAGAAAGAACUUAAAGAUGGAUUCCAAUGCGCUAAUGAGAAGAAUAAGAAUGAUGAUUCAGGUCAAAUCAUUGCCCACCCACACUUCGCCCACUCACAAGAUUGUCAGAAAUUCUACGUCUGUCUCAACGGAAUCGAACCACGUGAGUUGGGAUGUGCUGAUGGAGAAGUCUUCAAUGAUGAAACAAAACGUUGUGACGCACCCAACAACGUUCCCGGAUGCGAGGAUUGGUACAAAGACGAUCCCAAGAACUAAAUCUUCCACUCUUUUCUCUUUCCUGCUUUACUUCCUUUUUCCCUGUUGCACAUUUUUCAUUUUUCUGUAGAUCUUUAAAAGCACAUUUAAUAAUCUAUCCUGAAUCUAUCCUGUUCUAUAUUUCUGUAUCUGUAAUGUAUGCAUACGCAAGACUGCCGUUUAAUAAUGGAAUUAUUGUUUAAUUUAAAUAAACUUUAUUAAUUUUAACUUUUAAUCUUUACUAUAAGAAAUUUAUUUCAUACUUUAAUACCUUCAAGCUUUCAUCUUACUAAGAUUUAAUUUUACUUCUUUCUAAACUUGAAUCAUCUCGCUGUCAUCAUUUCUCUUCCAUUUCUCUGUCACUUCACUUACUUUUCUUCAUUCUUUCAUUUCAUUUCAUUUUUCUUAGCUGAAGCUUUCAAUUUCAUUUACUUUUCAACAUUUCCUGCUAAACUUUCUAUAAAAUCUUUUUUCUUCUUUUCUUUCCUGAAAUCUUUUCUUUCAUAUUUCUUUCUAAAAAUUUAUUUCAAUUUAUUUUCCACUUUUAUCUUAACUUUUCUCAACUUUUCUACACUAUCACUGUUCUUAUCUUUCCUGAUUGCACAACUUCAGCUUAGAUCUAAACUUUCUCUUUCAUUUCUUUUCUUCUGUCUUUAAGUCUUGGCUCUUGUUGCACAACUUUUUGAACUUUUCUAGUUCUCGAAAAAAAAGACAAAAUAAAAAGUUUGAAUAUG